CUUUUGGUCGCCUUUGCAAAAAUAAACACGACGCCAUUUACGCCAGAGCAAAGCAUUCUGGGAACGCGAGUCCUCUAAACGCUCGCUAACAUGUCGGUCAGAGCAUAUAGUCCUACACAUCCCAGGAUGCAACAUUCUUAAAAGGCGAAAAGAGAGCUCGUCCAUUGGUGGAGUUGAUGUUUAAACCGAGGCGCCGACGCUCCUUAUAUGGACUUCCUGCGAGCCGCCGCGCCGUUUUCCUCUGGUAUUUGUAUGCUAAUGAGGCGCCUCCAUUCAUGUGCGUGCGGUCCGUAGUAAGACAUGCGCAGUGCGGAGGAAUAAAAUCGGACGGAAUUUCAAAGUUUCCGACGGAUCAACCAGAGAUGUUUGGAUUUCACAAAUCCAAGAUUUAUCGCAGCCAUGAAGGCUGCUGCAUUUGCAAGACCAAGUCCUCCAGUUCCCGGUUCACAGACAGCAGCAGAUACGAGGAAACCUUCCGCCUCUGCUUCGGUUUAUCCGAAGACCGAGUCGGCGACAUCUGCAAUGCCUGUGUACUGCUCGUAAAGCGAUGGAAAAAGUUACCACAUGGUUCAAAGAAGAACUGGAGUCACGUGGUGGAUGCGAGAGCGGGACCCGGCUUCAAGCUGACGAAACCCAAGAAAGUGAAGAAUAUGGAUGGGAAGAAGAAAAGCAAGCUGAAGAAGCUGCACAAGUUUAAACGGCAGAAUUCUGACGCCCACAGCACUACGUCCAGCAUGUCUCCCUCUCAGUCUCCCAGCCACAGCAACCAAUCUGACGACGGCUCGGACGUUGAGACCAAGCAGAGGCGCCCGACUCCAGCAGGCUUCUCGUUUCUUGACCUCUCCUACUGGAAGAGACAGAAAGUGUGCUGUGGCAUCGUGUACAAAGGGCGUUUUGGUGAAGUCAUCAUCGACCCUCGGCUCUUCAAGCCCUGCUGCGGGGCCAAGCAGCCGCCAGCGGUGACGUCGCCCGCCGCCGACUCCCCGUGUGCUGCCGACACACUGCCGUCUCCCCUCGCAGAGGACUUGAAGGAGACCUGGUGACCUCGUUGCACCUCCGAGCGUCUCCUCGAGGCUCAGUUGCUUUGUCUCCAGUGGCAGACUCUAUCCUUCCCACACAGGACUGUAUAAAUGCUGAAUCCUGCUCCUCCCCCGUUUGUUAUAACGAUUUCCUUUUGAGAUUUUUUUUUUUUUUUUAAGAAAACCAAAAAAAAGCUAUUAAAAAAAUUUAAGUAUGGGCAUUAGUACAUAUUCAUAGGAUCAGGAUCGAAUUGACGGUUUAUGACGUGUAAUCCAUUUUGUAUGGUUGUUUUGUCUUAUUAUUUUUUUUUAUAUACAUAUAUUUUUUGGCACUGUAAAAUAUUUUGCAUUUUUGUAGUGCUUGUAAAUAUCUUUUUCCAGUGCACCAAAAGCCUCCUAUCUGGCUCCUAGUUUCCUGUGUGUAAAUUGAGUUAUAAAUGUUCAUGAAACAUGCCAUAAUGAUGUGUCCCUGACGUUGCUCAGUUGUGUUGAUGAAAUGGUUUGAAUUUUUAAACAAGCUCGACUGUGUCUACGAGCUCAUUUGAUCUAAAUGUGCUGGUAGCUCGGUCAGUUUUAUAACAUAGCAUUUUGGUUGGCGAGGUUUAAACGGGCCGAUUAAUAUUUGCAAAGUGAAUAUAGCUCCGUUUACACCCACCAAAUGCACCCGUGUCUGUUAAUCUCUCGUUCCUGGUUGCUGUUGUCACAAGCCCAUGAAAUGCAGGACACAAACUUUUUUUGCCAGUCCAUCCCAAAAAAAAAAAAAUAAAAAAAAAGUGCAUGCUAAUAUUGCUAUUCAAAACGAUAUUUAUUAUAGCAUGCUAAGUCAGCAUGCACUAAAUGUGUCUUGGGUUAUAUUGCUUAGCACUCAGUGUAAUGGUGUGGUAUUUUAAUUUUUUUAUGAUGAUUAUUUUCAAAAAAAUAUUGCUCACUAGUUAUUGUUCCACUACAGAUUUUAACAGCAUCUGUUGAUACCAUGAUUUAAAAAAAAAAAAAGCUCUACAUCUGUUUUGGCAGAUGCUUCUAACCAUUGCAUGCUUCUCAUUAUUGUAAAUGUGUUCAUGUACUAAAAAACAUCAGCAAUACUGUUCACUGUUUUUGCAUCAUGAUACAGUGUGCAGCUUUUAAAUUCUACAAUGUGAUGGCUUUUCGCCUUUUGCAACGGGUUUUUUUUUUUUUUCCGGACUCAGGCAGCUUAUAAUCCGAAGUAACGGUGCGAAGAAAUUCAUGUUUUUAAAUGCGUUGCAUUUGUAGGAACUAAGAAAUUACAUUAAGUCUUUCUUGUAUUAUUGGAAUGAAUUAACAAAGCAAUAGCGCUCUCUGGCUUCCAGACUACCGAGCUGGUUAUUUACAUAAUGUCAGUAAGGUUCAGGGAAACUAUUUACUUGGUACAUUUUCAGUCACUGUUAAUGUGCCUUAUGAGAGAUUUAACAUGAAUUUGUGUUUUCUAAUUUAUACUAUUUAUUCAAACAUAUCUGUACAAUUGAUGCUGUAAAAGAGGUUUUGUGCACUUUUUUUUUUAUACAUUUAUAAUGUUUUCUUUAUAUAUUUUUUAUCUUGAUUGUCAUUACAUUUUCAAUUUAAUAAAUCUUUGUAUGCAAAAUCAUUUCUGAUGUUGCGUCUCAUUUAUAAAGAUUUAUCAUUUUGAAAUUGUUAUAAUUUUUUAAAAAAUAAAUAAAUUCGUAUCCCACUUGUGCUCCAUUUAAAACUUUUUUUUGUGUGUGUGAAACCAAGUUGCUUUGUAGUAUUAGCAUUAAUUAAAGAAUAUGGAAAAACAAAGAAAGAAAGCCAGCACAAACCCAUAAAUUAAGACAAGGAUUGUGACCUUUUCCGGUGCUGUUACAUUGCUAAUUUUUUAUAUUCAGAAACCUACUUCUGGCAUUUCUGAACAUUUCAUCAGGGGCCUCCACAUACACCAGUCAUGUUAUUUUAUAUGCAAGAAUGAAUUAUUUUACAUACCUGAUCAUUAUUUUGUAUGAGGUUUAGGAAACAUCCAUCCAUCCAUCUUCUAUACCACUUA